CCGCCCGGCCGCGAUGGGGGUGGCGGCGGCUCUGGGCGCCGGGGCGGCGCGGCUGCUCUUCUACCCGACGCUGCUGUACACGGCGCUGCGGGCGCAGCUGCCCGCCUCCCGCCGGCCCUGGUUCCACCGCAUCGACCGCGCCGUGCUGCUGGGAGCGCUGCCGCUGCGGGGCCGCAGCCGUAGGCUGGUGGCCGAGGAGAACGUGCGCGCCGUCCUCACCCUGAACGAGGAGUACGAGACCCGCUUCCUCUGCUGCUCCGCGCAGGAGUGGGAGGCGCUGGGAGUAGAGCAGCUGCGCCUCGGCACCGUGGAUCUGACCGGAGUCCCCACCUUGGAAAACCUGCACGAGGGCGUCGAGUUCAUCCUGAAGCACCGCGAGCGCGGUAACAGCGUCUACGUGCACUGCAAGGCGGGGCGCUCCCGCAGCGCCACCGUGGUGGCGGCCUAUUUGAUCCGACUGCAUCACUGGAGCCCACAGGAGGCAAUAGAGGCUAUUGCCAAGAUCCGUCCCCACAUCCUUAUUCGGCGUAAACAAGUCCAGGUCCUGGAGAGUUUUCACAAGGAUGUUACUGCUGGGACAACUGCAGAGUGUCAGUGAGAACUACCAAAAUCUCAGUCUCAGCUCUUUUAAGCAUUGUACUUCUUGACCCUCAAUAAAGAAAUUUUUACAUAAAUUAUGGUAAAGAAGAGUUUGGACUGUUUCAUUGUAACUUUUUCUCCUUAUGGCCGC